CUCCGCCCGCCCGGCCUCGCGCUCCCUGGCGGCCCGGAGCGCGCGCUGACCCCGGCCUUGGGCCGGCUAUGUCCUAGCCCGACGCGGGCGUCUCUCCGCUGUGGUGACGCUCCGCGGGCAGUGACUGCGGCCCGCGCCCCUCCCCGCGACAUGCCUUCCGCUCGGACCGCAGCGGCGUCCGGCCCUAGGCGGGCGAGGCUCCCCGGGCGCGCGGGGGCGCAGUGAGGGCGCCGGGGCGCGGCAGGCGCGCUCGGCUCAGCCCAGCCCGGCCCGGCUCCCGCGCUGUCUCCCGGCCUCCCAGCCCGCGCCGACGCCAGGCAAGAACGCUCGCCCUCCUGUCGCCUGUGGCCGCGCUCCCGGCCCCGGCAUGUUGCCCUCCUCGCCGCGGCCUUGGCGGCGGCCCUGGCUCUUCUGCGCUCUGCUGCUGGCCAGCUCCGCGGCCGCUUCCCAGAAUCAAGAACGGCUAUGUGCAUUUAAAGAUCCCUAUCAACAAGACCUUGGAAUAGGUGAGAGUCGAAUCUCUCAUGAAAAUGGAACAGUAUUAUGUUCAAAAGGUAGCACGUGCUACGGCCUUUGGGAGAAAUCAAAAGGCGACAUAAAUCUGGUAAAACAAGGAUGUUGGUCUCACAUUGGAGAUCCCCAGGAGUGUCACUAUGAAGAAUGUGUGGUAACUACCACCCCCUCCUCAAUUCAGAAUGGAACAUACCGUUUUUGCUGCUGUAGCGCAGAUUUAUGCAAUGUCAAUUUUACUGAGAAUUUCCCACCUCCUGACACAACUCCACUCAGUCCACCUCAUUCAUUUAAUCGAGAUGAGACGAUAAUCAUUGCUUUGGCAUCAGUCUCUGUAUUAGCUGUUUUGAUAGUUGCCUUAUGCUUCGGGUACCGAAUGGUGGCAGGAGACCGUAAACAAGGUCUGCACAGUAUCAACAUGAUGGAGGCAGCAGCAUCAGAGCCCACUCUUGACUUAGAUAAUUUGAAGCUGUUGGAGCUGAUUGGCCGAGGUCGAUAUGGAGCAGUAUAUAAAGGUUCCUUGGAUGAGCGUCCAGUUGCUGUAAAAGUGUUUUCUUUUGCAAAUCGUCAGAAUUUUAUCAAUGAAAAAAAUAUUUACCGAGUGCCUUUGAUGGAGCAUGACAACAUUGCUCGCUUUAUAGUUGGAGAUGAGAGAGUCACUGCAGAUGGGCGCAUGGAAUACUUGCUUGUGAUGGAGUAUUAUCCCAGUGGGUCUCUGUGCAAGUAUUUAAGUCUCCAUACAAGUGACUGGGUAAGCUCUUGCCGUCUGGCUCAUUCUGUGACUAGAGGACUGGCUUACCUUCACACAGAAUUACCACGAGGAGAUCAUUAUAAACCCGCAAUUUCCCAUCGAGAUUUAAACAGCAGAAAUGUCCUGGUGAAAAAUGAUGGAACCUGUGUCAUCAGUGACUUUGGGUUAUCCAUGAGGCUGACAGGAAACAGACUGGUGCGACCAGGGGAGGAGGACAAUGCAGCCAUCAGUGAGGUUGGAACCAUCAGAUACAUGGCACCAGAAGUGCUGGAAGGAGCCGUGAACCUGCGGGACUGCGAGUCUGCACUGAAGCAGGUGGACAUGUACGCGCUGGGGCUCAUCUACUGGGAGAUGUUCAUGCGCUGCACCGACCUCUUCCCGGGUGAAUCUGUACCAGAAUAUCAGAUGGCUUUUCAGACCGAAGUUGGAAAUCAUCCCACUUUUGAGGACAUGCAAGUUCUUGUGUCUAGGGAAAAACAGAGACCCAAGUUCCCAGAAGCCUGGAAAGAAAACAGUCUGGCAGUGAGGUCACUCAAGGAGACAAUUGAAGACUGUUGGGACCAAGAUGCAGAGGCGCGACUGACUGCACAGUGCGCCGAGGAGAGAAUGGCCGAGCUCAUGAUGAUAUGGGAAAGAAACAAAUCUGUGAGCCCAACGGUCAACCCCAUGUCCACUGCCGUCCAGAAUGAGCGCAACCUGUCACAUAAUAGGCGUGUGCCAAAAAUUGGCCCUUACCCAGAUUACUCCUCUUCCUCGUACAUUGAAGACUCUGUCCACCACACUGACAGCAUUGUGAAGAAUAUCUCCUCUGAUCAUCCUAUGUCCAGCACACCUUUGACCAUGGGGGAAAAGAACCGAAACUCCAUUAAUUAUGAACGGCAACAAGCGCAAGCGCGGAUCCCCAGCCCUGAGACCAGUGUCACCAGCCUGUCCACCAACACGACCACCACGAACACCACUGGCCUCACACCAAGCACUGGCAUGACCACGAUAUCUGAGCUUCCAUACCCAGAUGAAACAAAUCUCCAUGCCAGUGUCGCACAGUCGAUCGGUCCUACCCCAGUCUGCUUGCAGCUGACAGAAGAGGACCUAGAGACCAAUAAGCUAGAUCCAAAAGAAGUAGACAAGAACCUCAAAGAGAGCUCUGAUGAGAACCUCAUGGAGCAUUCUCUUAAACAGUUCAGCGGGCCAGAUCCACUGAGCAGCACUAGUUCCAGCUUGCUCUACCCACUCAUAAAACUUGCAGUGGAAGCGACUGGGCAGCAGGAUUUUACCCAGGGCACCAAUGGGCAGGCAUGCUUAAUUCCUGACGUUACGCCUACUCAGCUCUAUCCUCUCCCUAAGCAGCAGAACCUGCCUAAGAGACCUACUAGCUUGCCUUUGAAUACCAAAAAUUCAGCAAAGGAGUCCCGACUAAAAUUUGGCAGCAAGCACAAAUCAAACUUGAAACAAGUGGAAACUGGAGUUGCCAAGAUGAAUACAGUCAAUGCAGCAGAGCCUCACGUGGUAACUGUCACCAUGAAUGGUGUGGCAGGUCGAAGCCACGGUGUUCACCCCCAUGCUGCCACCCAGUAUGCCAACGGGGCAGUGCCAUCUGGCCAGACAGCCAGCGUGGUAGCACACAGGGCUCAAGACAUGCUGCAGAAUCAGUUUAUUGGAGAGGACACCCGGCUCAAUAUUAAUUCCAGUCCUGAUGAGCACGAACCUUUAUUGAGACGUGAACAGCAAGCCAGCCAUGAUGAAGGUGUUCUGGAUCGCCUCAUGGACAGGCGGGAACGGCCGUUAGAAGGUGGCCGAACAAAUUCCAACAACAACAACAGCAAUCCAGGCUCCGAACAAGACGUUCUUUCACAGGGCGUUUCAAGCACAGUAGCAGAUCCGGGGCCAUCAAAGCCCAGAAGAGCACAGAGGCCCAAUUCUCUGGAUCUUUCAGCCACCAAUGUCCUGGAUGGCUGUGGUGUGCAGAGUGAGUCAGCACAGGAUGGCAAGUCAGGGUCAGGUGAGAAGAUCAAGAGACGCGUGAAGACACCCUACUCUCUGAAGCGGUGGCGCCCUUCUACCUGGGCUGUGGCCACAGAGCACCUGGGACACGAGGUCAACAAUGGUGGCUGUGAUCCGGCAGCUGCCCCCAAGUCCAGCGCCGCCAUUUACCUUGCAGAUGGAGGCACCGCCACUACCAUGGUGUCUAAAGAUAUAGGAAUGAACUGUCUGUAAGAUGUUUUCAAGCUGAUGGAGUAGAAUUAUUUUUUGCAUCAUUUAAACAUGCAGAAGACAUUUUUUUAAAAACUGCUUUAUCUUCCUGUCAGCACCCCUUCCCAUACCUGCAACAAGGACUUGCUUUAAAUAGAUUUCAGCUAUGCAGAAAAAUUUAGCUUAUGCUUCCAUAUUUUUUAAUGUUUUUUAAGUUUUGCACUUUUUGUCUAGUCUCGCUAAAAUUGUGUUUGUCUGUUAUGACCACAGAAUUAUACGUGUGUGUGUGUGUAUCAAAAGUGGUCUCAAAAUAUUUUUUUAAGAAAAAAAGCAAAAACAGUGUAUUGCUGAUAAUCAGUUUGGACCAUUUUCUAAAGGUCAUUAAAACAGAAGCAAAUUGAGACAGGUUUGACUGCAGUGGUAUCUGGUACCCAUGCUUUAUUUCUGGGCACAAGCUAGUUUGUUCAUUAUCAUACCUGUUGGACAUUCUGUCUCUUGUAUUUUGUUUGAAUGUGCAAUAGUCUAUAGAUCACAAAUCAGCUCUCUUGUGAGUUCUCUUCCUAACGGACACACAUUCUUCCAUAAUUUAGUUUCACUCCCAUUCUUCCAUAAUACAAACGUUUUUUUCUGCCAUCCCCUGUAUGUUUUGUAGGUCAGUUAUGACAAUGAAUUUUGCACAGGAAGAAGCAGCUAUGCAAUUUCUGCUUGCCUUCUGCUUAUGGAGAGUGUAGAAUCAUUGUCCCAAAGGGCUCUGAAGCAGGGACUACCAAAACUCAUUCUGGAAUGCCAUUUCUUUUGACCUUCCAAACCUCAAAUAUUUCCUUCCGGGCAUUUUAAUAAGCAUAUUUGGUUCUGGUUGAAAGUUCAUAAGGCGGGGCUGGGGAUUUAGCUCAGCGGCAUAAGCGCCUGCCUUGCAAGCAGGCAGUCGUGAGUUUGAUCCCCGGUACCGACAAAAAGGAAAAAGACAAAAAAAAUAAAAAAUAAAAAACAAAAGAAAGUUCAUAAGGCAACAGAGAACAAAAUACAGGAAACCAAAUGUUAGCUUUUUCCAUUUUGUUUUAUUUUUCUAAGUAUGUUUAUCUUCCAUAUUCAUCUAUUUAAGAAAUACAUUUUUAUCAGAAAAUUCAUAGAGCUAAACUUACAUGAAAUUUUUAAGUAUAUGGUUAAGAUAGUAUAUAGAGUCAUAACCUUCAUUCUCUGUGAAGGUCAUUUUUGACACAAAAUUGCGUUUCUUCUUAUAACUUUAAAAGUAAUUCAGUCUUGAAGCUGUACUGCCCUUUUAUUUUGUCCCCAAGCACAGCCUGGUGAGUUUACCUAAAAGUGAUUCUCUUUCCUGUGACCUGAUGCACUGUGGAGAGGUUGUCCCACGGCCAAAGUUACUUUUCUGAGCAAACUGAGAUUUUGCCAUCUUUCUCUGCAAAACUGUGUCUCUUUGCUCUUCUGUUUUCAUCUCUCCUUCUGCCACCUUCUCACAUGAUCUUUGACAUGUGAACAGUAUUUAUCAUUUAUAUUUUACUAGUGUAUACCUUUUAGUGAUACAUGUCUUUGAAAUCAUCCUCUUUUUUAAAGUUUUCUUUGCUUAUUUCAUUACUAAUAAUCUUCUCUAAAACAUUAACGUCUGUAUUUUUUAACAAAGCACUUUCUGUCAAAAAGGGGAUUUUUUUCUAAACAAAUUAGUCUUUCGUUUUGCAAACAAUCACCUUAUUUUCAGACUCUGAGUACUUACUAGACAUUAACUAAGUUGUAAGAUUUUUCUGAUAGGUAAAAAUAAAGACGAAAGCAAAUCCCCAAUUUCCUGAUUUAGAUUAUUUCCUGAACAGUACUUUUUCAUUUAUAUUCCUCUGUCUUUAUCAUUUUGCUUAGCACAGACUGCAUCCUUCAAUUUUCUGUCUAAACUAUUUAAAAAUUUUGCCAUCUGCUGGAACCAGGGAGUUGCAUGUUGUGGUACAUCCCAUCUGCUCAGCUGCAUUGCUGAAUAUAGUUCUUUGUGCAGGACCUGAGAUCAUCUUACUCAUGCCCAGAAUUGCUACUUUUUAUGUUUUACUGGCCUCUCUCUUGAUUCAGGCUCUUUACAUAUGUGGUAGUCUGUUGACAUAUCCUUUUUUCAUACAGCUGUUUCUUUUCGCUGUGUAGCAGACUAUCAUAUCUUUUCCAGUAAAUUUUUACUUCACUUUCUUUCAAAUACAUUUCAGUAUACUAUUUUCAAGAGUUUCUGGGACAGCUUUGAAUAAAAACAUAUUUUAUCUCCAGCUUGCAACAUUGAAGAUAAGUGACCAUUUAAGAUCUAACUCAUCUUUUCUUGUCAGGAUAGAGUUAUCUUACGUUCUGAUAUACUUUGUAUUUGGGCUAGUUGAUUGUGAGUUUUCCAACAGUUUAACAUUUAAUAAUAUGCUUUAAAAAUGAAUAUCCUAAAGUAAAAGAACUCUGUAUUUUCCCAUUUCAUGCAAACAUUUAAAAUAAUUUCCCCAGUUGUUUUAUUAGGCUCUUGAAAGAGUAGGAAAAGUAGAAAAUGCAGGCUAUUUUAAUAAAUCUUGGAUAUUUUAUAUCUGAUUUUUAGAAUUCUGUAUUACACAAGCAAGCAAAAUCACUCUUACUGAUGACCUAUGAAUUGCUGACUUUAUCUGAUAAUGUUUGAAAGCUGAUACUCAGUUGAAAUCAUAGAAUUUUGCAUGUCAAAGAAUUUGGGUCCUUUGAGUAAAAAGGCAUUCAAUAAACAUAUACUAAAAUUUAUCUCACUGGAUCCUAAUGAUCUUAAAAACAUAAUAGGCAGUCUAUUAAUAUUUUCCUUAACAAAAAUCCUAAUUGUAUUCCAGAAUUAAGUCAUUGAAAUAACUUGAUUUGAAUUAAUAUUUAGACUUAAAUGACUUCCAUGUAAAUCUUAGAAACUUUUUCUUAAUGUGCAAUUGAAAAAAAUACACUUCUUGUAGAAAGCUCUGAGAAGGAACAUAGCAAAUGUAGGAUAUACCUCCAUGGCAUCCUUUAAUGCUUAGCACAACCAGUUGAAUAUGAUAAUUGCUAUUACUAUUUUACAAAUGAGGAAACAGAAACUAGGUGCUUAGUUUAUCCCAGGUUCAAAUCUAGUAACAGCCAAAGCUGGGAUUUUAACCUGAGUGUGUCUCCCAAAUCAAAUACUGUAACUUUAGCAGUUAGGCAAACAUAAGAUGUGUAGAUAUGUCUAUGCUUACUGCUGCUUAAAUAAUUACUAACUCAAGAUCAAAUUUGACCCUAUAUAUGCCAUUGUGAAUCUUAAAAUCACUUCAACAAACCCAUAGUGUUCUUCCCAUUGCAGAGCUAAAGGUAAAGUAAAUUUAAGGGAAAAGUAAAAGUAGCUAUGGGAGCAGAGACUUUCCCCUAAAUUUAUUUCAGCUAGAUUUGGAAUAGUUAAUUUAACAUCAGUCUCACCAGACCUUUGACCAUAACUGCUUUCAAUGACUUGGAAAUUUUGUUAUUCCAGAAAACUUAGAUAUGUAGCAUAAGGGAGGAACAAAGGACAUCUUGUUUAUAAACCAAUUUAGAGUAACUUCCUUACAAAUAUCUAUUUCUAGAAAGUGUAUUUUAGUUCUGAAUGUGAAAAUAGAAAGGAGUACUGUACUCAAGUAUAUGUUUCAGUGGGAGUUGUCACAAAGUUUGGCAAACAUUUUUAUGUAAAAUAUUUUUGUCUUACAUGGAAUACCCAGUAGGCCCAGCUAUUAUAGUGAACUUUGUAGUCUCUGUAACUUUUUAAAAAAUCAUUUAAAAUGGAAAAAUACUUCAAUAAACUUUGCUUCUUUUUUUCAUAUUUAUGAACAUAAAUAUUUCAGCAAAGAUUUUUAACUCUUAGAACUUGACAUUAAAUUGUAUUCUAUACCGUAUUUUAUAAAUUUAUGUUUAAUUUCUUGUCUUAUGGAGGUUAUUACAAAGCUAUUUGUAGAUUGCUUUAUAUAUUAGUUUAUCUUACGAGCUAACCCCUUAAAGUUAGAAUCUAUACACACAUUAGUUGAUUAUCCAUAUCAUUCUAGAAAUUGUGUAGUAUUCCCACUUUCAGAAAUCUCUUCCAGACUGGAUGUGUUCUUUUCAGCAGAUAAAACUGCAUUGUAGCUUUUAGUUUAUGAACUAUGCAAAGUUUGUCCACAGCUACCUUGCCUUUUCCUCUCCUAACUAAACUCCUAAGUGAAUCCAAUAACAAUUGAGCUAUUAACCCAAAAGUUAUCAAAAGAAAACUUUUCUAUAAGUUUUCAAGUUAACAUACAGGAAAAGUGGAACCCAUUAGAUGCCAUCAUGGCUGACCAUCCCUUCCUCAUAUCAUUGUGCACUUCCAUCUCUUGCCCCUCUGCCAUGGGACCCGAGGUCUGUGUGUGCGGGAAGCUUUCUUCAUGUCUGUCCUGUCUCUUUCCAUUUUAACUUUAAAUCCAUUUCUCUAACCUAGCAGGAAAAAAAAAAAUAGACUCAUCCUCCUCAAUAUUGUUAUUUUAGUACGCUUCAGGGCCCCUCUGUUAACAUCUAAAUCUCAGUUCUUUCAGAAAAAAUGUCUCAAUUUCUUUAAUUUUUUUCUCAUUGGUCCUAUUUUAAUGACUAUAUUUAAGAAACAUUAAUUACUCUAAUGUUUUAUUGGUUCGAUAUAUUUGAGAGUUAAUAUGUUAUCACUUGACAUUGGAUUCAACCUUUAGACCACCAGGAAAUUUGCAAUUAGUUUUUGUAUUUAAUAUUUUCUAUUAAAUUGUGGAGUUUUAUGAUUUUAUAUUUUUAUUAGCUAUACCUAAAAAGCCAUCCAUACAGAAUUGUAUAACAUUUUGCUAUUAAAAUCAUUUCGCCUGUAUUGCAGCAAGCUUAGUGUUAUGAUUGAGCCACAACAUUUUGCAUGUUUCUUUAUAUCAAAUAAUUGUGUUAAACACUAAAUAUAAAAGUUACUUCCAAAAAUAAACCCUACAGAAAUCAGGUAUUAUGUAUGAACAUUUUUGAGGACCACUUUUGAAAUACCAUUGUAAGUGACUAAAGUUGAGUGUUUGCAUAGAAAAACUUAGAAAUUCAUCUCAUCAAAGAUACAUCUGAAGGUAAAUACAUAAGGAUUUAUGCUGUAAAUUAAAAUUAUUCCCAAAAAUCUAUUGUAUCUUUAAAAAUUCCAAUUCCAUUAUUACUGUGAUACAGUAUUUGUGGUGUUCCUAUUAAUACUAUACACAUACACAUUUAUGUGUAAAACUCAGUUUGAAGCCUGAUUAAAGUAUGGGUGAGGGAAAAGGAAUCGUUAGAGCUCAGUUAUUUCAUUAGGGUGUCCAGUUUGUGACUAAGUUUUUCUCUUGGCAGCACUGGGGACUAAACUCAGGGUAUCCACACUGAGCUACACCCUUGGCCCCAGGCAGCUGUCCCACCUCAGCCUCUUUGCGUGCUGGCAUUACAUGUGUCACCCCACACACAUACUCAGCUGUGUUGGAUUUUUAACAAAAUUAGCAUACUUGAAAUUACAAUUUGAUUUGUUUUUCAAACACAUGGGUUUUUCCAUUUUAUUUGUACUUUAGAUCUCAGAAACAUUUUUGUUUUAGAAUCACACAUACUAUUACUUAUAAGCUCAGGAUCUUAGCCCUUUGUACACUGAAAAAGUUCAGUUAGUACAAGCAAGCAAGUUAAGUAGGUCCAGUUGAAUACUUAAAAUGCUUGUUGUACAGUUUAUUUAAUGUUUCGUCUUUGACUUAAUUCACAUAGAAAUAAUAUCAAUUUCAGGGGCUGGGGAUUUAGCUCAGCGGCAUAAGCACCUGCCUUGCAAGCAGGCAGUCGUGGGUUCAAUCCCCGGUACUGAUAAAAAAUAAUAUCAAUUUAAUUAAUUGUAAAAACUUACCCAGUUCUGUAAUUACUGAAUGACAGAAAUCAUUCUACUGAUUGGCUACUUGAUAUAGCAAAUUUAGGCCUUAAGAGUUGAAACACCAGCUUAAAACCUUUCUGUUCUUUUGUUAAAUGGCUAUGAAGGGUAAGAUUAAUCAGUUCACUUUGUUUUGUUUUUUAAUAACAUAGUAAAGUAAUUCCUCUGAGAUACAGCUAUUCUCAAGAGGUGAUUUAACAUCACAAAUCUUCUGUAAGUGAACUAAUGAGUUUAUAGUAGUGGCAUGUACAUUUUGUGCAGGUACUAUAUUGUAACCUGUGUAGCCCAAACAAAAUUCUGUGAACCAGACAUGCUCAGUUUCUUAGUUGGUAUGCUGUGUGUUUAAAUCUUAGCCGUGGAGUUGUGUCUCUUGUCUCAGGCUCUUUUUCAUUACCAAUCUUCGUAAGUAUGUAAAAGAAACAUUUUUUUAAAAAAACUAAAUUCCUAAAAGAUGCCAUUCAAAAAUAGGCUAUAAUUUAAUAUUGAAUUGCUUGAUUGCUGUGGCUUUUCUUUUUCUGGUCACAUUUAUUUAUUUAAACAAUUUUUGUAUGCCUUGUUUUCUGUAGACAUUAUAGUAAGUGGGUGUGUAAGCUGGAAUCAUCCAUGGUUUUCUGUUGACAGUCUUUCAGAUGAAGAUAAAUGAGUAAUUGUAAAAUACACUGACUCUUAGGGUGUUGUAGCUGAAACAUGGAGAAGGAGGUGUAGCUGCCAUGCUUUUUCUGAUUGGACAGGAGAAACAUAAGCUACAGAGUAUUCAUUUCUGAGGAUGCUUUUCUGUAAAAAGAAAGGCUGAAAAAUAUUGGCACUUCCUCAGAACCCUCUUUCUUGUUAACGGGUAUCUUUUUUGGUGUGUUUUGCUCUUAACAUUAAAAAUAGAGUAUCAUAUAUGAAUUUAUGAAUAAUUACUUUCAGUUAUUUUUGCUUUUGUAUAAGCCGUCUGAGACCUUGCUAUGCUGUAGAAGUUGUGUUUGAUGGGUCAGUGUGAGUAUGAAAAAAAGCAAAUGACUUUUCUUUUGUAUUAUCUAUGGAUGCCACUAUGAAAGCUGACAUUAAGCCACUAAAGAGUUUUCUAUGAAUAAGUGUAAGUAAAUGCUUUGAUAUAUAUAAACAAAUAAAAAGAUUGUAUUGAUACAGAGACAUUGGAGGAGAUUUUAAGACAGUUCUUUAGGUUUAAAAAGGCUUGCUGUAAAAUGGUGCAUUAUUCCAUUUAUUAAAGAUCAUAUUAAUGACAA